AUGGGGACGGAAAGCCAUGAUGUCACCAUUGUCCGAGGGCAGAGCGGCCGCUGCAAGAUCGUGGUGGUGGGGGACGCGGAGUGCGGCAAGACAGCGUUGCUGCAGGUGUUCGCCAAGGACGCCUACCCCGGGAGUUAUGUCCCCACCGUGUUUGAGAACUACACCGCCAGCUUUGAGAUCGACAAGCGCCGCAUUGAGCUCAACAUGUGGGACACUUCAGGUUCCUCUUACUAUGAUAAUGUCCGACCUCUGGCCUAUCCUGAUUCAGAUGCUGUGCUCAUCUGCUUCGACAUUAGCCGACCAGAAACACUGGACAGUGUCCUCAAGAAGUGGCAAGGGGAGACUCAGGAGUUUUGCCCCAAUGCCAAGGUUGUGCUGGUUGGCUGUAAACUGGACAUGCGGACUGACCUGGCUACGCUGAGGGAGCUGUCCAAGCAGAGGCUUAUCCCUGUUACACAUGAGCAGGGCACCGUGCUGGCCAAGCAGGUGGGGGCCGUAUCCUAUGUGGAAUGCUCCUCCCGGUCCUCUGAGCGCAGUGUCAGAGAUGUCUUCCACGUGGCCACAGUGGCCUCCCUUGGCCGUGGCCAUAGGCAGCUGCGCCGUACUGAUUCACGACGGGGAAUGCAGCGAUCUGCUCAGCUGGCGGGACGGCCAGACCGGGGGAACGGGAACGGGAGUGAGGGCGAGAUACACAAGGAUAGAGCCAAGAGCUGCAACCUCAUGUGAGGGGCCCGGUGGGGGCAGAGUGUGAGGAAGGGAGAUGAGGGCACAGUUGUCCCCCUGCUGGCCCCCGGCUUCCUGACCUCCUGACUCUGGCUGGGACUUCAGGGCCGGCGAGUGAGCAAUUCUCCUGGGCAGGGAGCUGGAGGCAGAAGGGUGCCACCAUUCCCCACAUCCUCAUUCCACUCCUUUCCACAGCAAGUUGAGGGAGCUAGCAGGGCAGGGAUCUGGACUGGGAGCUGGGAUGGGGCCGGGGGCCUGGGGAAGCUGGCAUCAAGCAGUGACCUUGGGUGAGUCUCAGUGUAUGAAGGGUGCCUUCCCUCCCCACCUCCAGUCCCCGUGUCCUGGUCAUGGCUUCCUUCCCUAAGGAAAGUAUCUAUUCUCUGACCUUCCCUUUCCCUCUCCUCUCACUACAGCUGUUCUCACUCAUCCUAACCUUCAGGCAACAGGCAUUAAAUUAAAAAAAGUUGAGAAGCCUCUCUCCCACCUACUGCCCUAGUCCUAGCUCCCUUCCUCUCCCAUCCUCCAACAGUCCCCAAAUAAAGCCCGUGUCCAUGGAAAACGGCUGUGGCUUUAGUUUUGUUGCUUUCUAGAAAGUCAAUCUACCAGUCUCUAGCAGUAGGAGGGAAAGUUAGACUUUGGAAGAACUUCUCUGUUGAUGCCCACAGGUGGAGCAGAGGAAAAAGCUAUGGAUUGGAUCAGCAGUGUCAUUUUAGGAGCCAGAGAUGGGAGAGUGAGCUAUCCUGGGAAUAUUCAUCUCAGUUAAUGAGCCAGACAAUCCUAAAGCCAUUAAGGGGGUUUAAAGUGGACUUAUGUGCAAUUCAUUACUCAGCCCAACUAGGGUCCCCUGCUAAUGUGGGAGGGGUCCUGCUGAAGUGGUCCAGGCCCCUUGCUCACCAUCUGCAGCCCUGGCUUGGAAUCUGCUGGUGCCCUGGGAGUUGUGGGGGUAGGGAGGGCAUCAGAAGCCUCCACAUCCAGAAGCUGACCCUGUGCAAAGUGAAGUUUCCCAACAGGACAGUAGUUUGAUUCUGGGGUCUCCUUGGAGGCUAGGGCAGGGACUCUCUCCUUCUUUCCAUCCUGAGCUCCUUGAUGAUUUUGGAGGGAGCUCAAGCUGUGAGUUGAGGGUCAUAUCUCCCCAAUCCCCUAGAGAAGGAAAGCCGGCGGAGGGGCCAGCCAGAGCACUUGUCAGGAAAGACAGUGCUGGUCUGUUUUCUCCGGAGUCUGGUUUCACAUUGUCCUGUAUUCCCUCUCUGGCUUUGGUCCCAUUGGCCUCUUUUCGGUGACAUUCUCCCCCAGGAACCAUCCAUGGCUCUCCCCUCCCCCAGCCCCAGCCAGUCCUUCAGACACACUCUGGGAGAGAACACAGAGCUUACCCUCCCAUCUGCUGGGAUCCCCCACUAAUUCACAGCCCACCCCUCCCUCAUUCAUUCAGCAAAUGUGCGCUAAGCACCAAAUGUGUGCCAGAUACUGGCUUGGGAUUCUGAAAGGACCAGUCUCUGUGUUGUGAAGGCCAGCCCAGUGGGGAAGAGAGGUAGCCCAGGUGUGAUGGUGCUUUGGCUGUGGGAGCUCCUUACCACCUCAGAAAUCCAUCCUCCGAGCCAGGUCCUUGAGGGUUGAAGAGGAAUUUGCCAGGCAGGGAAGGGUAGGAAAGGCACUCUGAGCAGAGGGUAUAUAGCAUGUGCGAAAAUGUGGAGAUGAGAAAGAGCAUGGCAUGAUUGGGGCUGCCAUGGUGGGAGGGCAGAAGACAGGAUGAGAAGGUCCAGUGAGGCAAUUGCAGGGCCCACAAAGGAACUGGGACUUCAUUCUGAGGAUGUGAGGGGGCACGAGGGAUUUUAAGCAGAGAAUGAAGUGACCAGAUUUGGUUGUUGGAUAGAUAGAUGGUUAUCUGGAUGAGGUGACGGGGGCUGGGGGUUUUGGCUCUGAGAUGUCAUCUAAAAUAGCGUCUCACUUCCCCAUGCCAGGGCCCAGUCUUGAGAGGAAAGGAAAUCCCCUUCCUGGCUCAUCAGACAUUCCUUAUCCUCCCUCUCCUGCAGGACCCUGUCCUGGUCCAUCUGGGCCAAUCUCAAGGAUUCUGGAACAGCUGCAAGGGCACUUUGCACCUGACCCUCUUAAAGUGAGACCUGGUUAGGGCCUGACUCCAAGACCCUCUGCAAGGACCCUGAGUCCUGGAUUGAGGUGCUGGAGAGGGUUGGGGCCCUGCUAGGUGGAUUUCAGUCUGGUCCCAGAGGACUGACCCCUCCCUGACCACACCUGCCAUACAAUUGUCGUGGGAUUUUUGGCUGUGGCUUCUCAUCUCCACUUUGGACUAUGGUACAAAGCUGGCUCAAGCCUGUAGCCGCCAAAGUACAGACUAUUUAUGCCCCCCCUUCUCCCAACCUCCCUCUCCUGCCGUGCUCAGGGAAUGGAAAUGCUUUUCAAUAUCCGCCUAAAGCAAACAUAAUUAGGAAGAUAAAUCAGCUGGAGGAACCCCCAAAGUUUAAUACAUUUCCAGUACCACCAGGAACAGAUUUUGGUCCCCUCUGCAGGCCUGGGUUGCCAGACGUUUUAUUUCUAGAGAGGGGGCCGUGCUCUGGGCUGAGGAACCCAAAGGGUGAGAGGAGGGAAUGAGGUUGUUCCUAGAUUUUCUUAAAGGCCCCUGCAGGCUGGAAGAAGGGGACCUUUCCCCCACCCCCACCCCAGAUGCAGGAGUCAGACCCAGCUUCCUCCUCUGCAGCUGUUUCCCCCACAAAUUAGACACUCAUUUGGGAAACAAUGUAGCCUCGUUAAUCAUUUAAUGAAAUAAACAACUAAUCAAGCUGU